GACAUCCCGGGGGAAACGCGCCCCAGCUAGUACUCGGGGCCAUGCAGUCCCUUCCAUCCCUCAUUCAACCAAGCUACAAUUGGAUAUAUAUUUCGUCUCCUGCCCAUUGAGCUUCUUCGACAAUUUGUUUCCGAACAGACAGAACCAUCUUCCAAGGCUCGGCGACAACCAUUCAAUUAAACUCUUCUCGCACCCUCCAACCUACGAAUUCGAUAAUGGGGUUUCAACCAUGGCGAGCCCUCCCGGGCAAAGGCGUCUCAGCCUUGCUCAACACCCUCAGCGCUGUUGCCCUCAUCUAUGAAGGUUAUAACCAAGGUGUCUACGGCAGUGUCUCUGGUACGCCGGGCUUCAUUGCCAUGUCAGGUAUCGGUUACGAUAGUACCGUUACCCAGACCACGAAGCAAGGUGGUCUUGCUGCAGCAUACUAUUUCGGCGCAAUGUUCGGUGCUUUCAUCGGUGGUUGGCUUGGUGACAAGCUUGGAAGGAAGAAGGCCGCAUUCAUUGGUGCUCUGCUCUCCCUUAUUGGAUCUGCCCUCCAGUGCGGUUCAAUCAACUCCGACAUGUUCAUCUGCGCUCGCGUCAUUUCCGGCCUUGGAAUAGGCUUCGUCAAUAACAUCAUUCUCUCUUGGGUAUCGGAAUUGGCUCAAGCUCAUGAACGUGGAUCAACCUUCUCUCUUGUCUUCGUUUCCAACUUUCUCGGCAUCUUCCUGGCAAACUGGAUCAAUUUCGGCAUUCGCAAUGACAACGUCACGUUCAGAUGGCGGUUCCCGCUGGGCUUCAUGUGCAUUCCAAUGUUCAUCGUGGUGAUCACUAUAUUCUUUGUUCCAGAAUCCCCUCGAUGGCUCAUGGCACACCACCGAAAAGCAGAAGCAAUCGAAAUCUUGUGCAAGAUCCGUGGCGAUAAGGAUACCUCAGACCCGGCCAUCCUGGAAGAGGUGGAAUUGAUCCAAGCCGUGGUGGAGGCUUCUUACCACAAACGAAACAACUACAUCAACAUCGCUCUUGGAGGCCGUUACUCUGGGAAACUCCACCUCGGCCGCCGUGCUGUCUUGGGCUUUGCCCUUCAGCAAAUCCAGCAAUGGACAGGUAUCCUCGUCAUGGUCUCCUGGGCCACGAAGCUCUUUGAACUUGCCAGCUUCAACGAUUACAAGGCUUCGUGGAUGUCUGGGCUGCUGAACACAUUUGGUGUCAUUGGAACUGCCGCAGCUGCACCAGUCAUUGAUCGCCUCGGUCGCAGGAUGUCACUCCAGAUCUCGUUCGUAAUUCAAGGCGUGUCACUCUUCCUUGUUGCGGCACUCAUCAAAACGUCCCAAGACCGUGUUGCAUCUGACCUAUCAUCGUCCCAAACUCUAGGCACGGCUGCGUCAGCAUUCACUUUUACCUUCGUUUUCUUCUUCACCAUGUUCAACAUCGUACCAUGCUGGAUUUAUGGUACUGAGAUCUGGCCCCAGGAAGUCCGUGCCAAAGGUUACUCAUUCACUAUCUUGGGUUGGGCGAUUGGGUGUGGUGUGACAACCUUUGUCAUUCCCAUCAUGCUGGCUCACAUUGGAUGGUGGUCCUUUGUCUUCUUUGGUUGCAUGAAUAUCGUGGUCAUGCCAAUCAUCCACCUCUUCUAUCCUGAGACUGCUGGCCGCUCACUCGAGGAAGUCAAUCUCCUCUUCACAAGUGAUAGUCCCCUUGUCAGCAAGAACAUGGCUGAGUACAAUCGUCGACUUGCAGAGGCUGGUGGUAACGUGGCCGUCGCUGCCAGGAGGCUGCUUGAUGAAGUCGAUGGGGAGACCAAUCUUGAUCCGAGACGAGUUUCCAUCGUUGGUGCCGAAAAUGGUCACGUCAAGACUGCUUCUGAUGCGGAUCACAGUGAGGAGAUCAUUGAGAAGAAACCAUACUAGGCUCGGUCACCGGAUUCUGGAAGAAAUUCGUAUAUCAACUUGCUCAGAGGACUGCUCUUGUCAUUAGUUUGGUAUACCCAGUGCAUGUAAUCCUGCAGCAUGAAAGUCACUUCCGUGUCAUGCGCUGGUUCCUAAACGAAAUUUGUAGAACUCCUAAG